AUUUUCUGGUUGUGCUUUUCUAUGGUGGAAAUCCAAAAGCUGAAAAUAAAAAAGAAAUUAAAAAAAAAAAAGAAAAAAAAAAAAGUCCUCUCUUUCUAUCUUUCUCUCUCCUCCGCUUUCUGUUGUACAGCUGCGAGUUGUCUGUGGCUCUGGUUUUGUGUUUCGCCUUCUCCUCUUCCCGGGAAUCGAUACCAAUCUGAAAAAUCGAGGAGGAGGAGGACGAAGAACAGAGCAUUUUACGGCACCGAGAGGGAGGGGAUUUUUCUACAUUCUGUUCACCGGCGAACUUCCACCGGUGAGUUUUCUUCUUUGCCUUUGUUGUUUUGUUUACUUCCAUGUCCACUGAAUGUUGCUGCGGCUAUUUCUUCUCUGAGGCCGGUUUGUAUCCACGGCAUCCUCCUCUCUACUUUGGUUCACUCAUGCACUGGCUUAAAAUUCGAUUCCAUUUCUCUGUUUGAUGUUCAAGAAGAUCGAUUCGUCGAUUCUGUUUUCGUUUCCAACUCUGGCUGAUUCUAGAAGAGAAACCCUAGGUUUUGUCCGUUUUUCGAUUUCGCCUAAUCUGGAUAAUAAUCCGUUUGAUUUUAAGUCGAGGAGGAAGGGGAAAAGAGCGAUUCGAGGAGUGAAGAUGUUGUGGAUUAUGAGAUUCUCCGGAUUCUUCUCUGCCGCUAUGUUGAUGGUUAUUCUCUCUCCAUCUCUUCAAUCAUUUCCUCCGGCGGAAGCCAUUCGAUCCUCUCAUCUUGACUUUCAUCUCCGGCAGUCGGUUCCACUUUCGCUCUCCGAUUCGCACACUCGGUUUCUGUUCCGUAGGUCGCCGUCGUAUCGUAAUGCGGAGCAAUGCAGUUCGAGCGACUCGAAGUUUUCUGGUAGAUUUGGUGUUUGCGAUCCGAGUUUGGUUCAUGUUGCGAUUACGCUUGAUGUUGAGUAUCUCCGCGGCUCAAUCGCCGCUGUGAAUUCGAUUCUGCAGCAUUCGCUCUGUCCGGAGAGCGUGUUCUUCCAUUUCCUUGUUUCUGAGACUAAUCUGGAAGCUGUUGUUAGAUCCGCUUUCCCUCAGUUGAAAUUUAAGGUCUAUUAUUUCAAUCCAGCGAUUGUUCAGAAUCUGAUUUCGACGUCGGUGAGGCAAGCGCUUGAGCAGCCGCUUAAUUACGCGAGAAACUACUUGGCAGAGCUUUUGGAGCCCUGUGUUCGGAGAGUGAUUUAUUUGGACUCCGAUCUCGUCGUUGUUGACGAUAUCUCGAAGCUUUGGAGAACUAAUUUAGGUUCCAGAACCAUCGGAGCUCCGGAAUACUGUCACGCAAACUUCUCAAAGUACUUCACCUCUCGGUUUUGGUUGGAUAAGCGGUUUUCCGGCACGUUUCUUGGCCGAAAACCUUGUUACUUCAACACCGGCGUGAUGGUUAUAGAUCUGGUUAAGUGGCGGCGGGCUAGCUACACGAAGAGGAUAGAACGAUGGAUGGAGAUUCAGAAAAACGAUCGGAUCUACGAACUCGGAUCUCUCCCACCGUUUCUUUUGGUCUUCGCCGGUGAUGUAGCGCCUAUUGAACACCGGUGGAACCAGCACGGCCUCGGCGGCGACAAUGUGAAAGGAAGUUGCAGGAAUCUCCACGCCGGUCCAGUAAGCCUUCUUCACUGGUCUGGUAGUGGAAAGCCAUGGAUGAGACUGGACUCAAAGAAUCCCUGCCCUCUUGAUUCACUUUGGGCUCCAUAUGACUUGUACGGCCACUCCCACUGAACCACCACCGACCACCUACAGCCGUCGUCGGUAAGUGCUCAAAACACUAAAAAUCCCUCCCUGAUCAUUCCCCUUCUUCAACCUCUUCCCCAAGGAGGACUGUUUUGUCUCCUAAUUUAGUCCUCCAAAAUUCCCCCAUUCUUUUCCUUCUCCAUUAAUUCAUAUUUUCUUCUCCCUUUUUCUUUA